CUGGACCUCAAACCACGUCGUCUUGUCGAAAUUAAGCAAAUUCAGAUCUGAAGUUCUUGUGCUAGCAGAAUGACGAGCUGGAUAAGGUCUCCGUUUUUACGAAUGAUAACGAACUGGUUUGGAAUCUUUGAUCGAAAAAAAUAUCGUUACGAAUUAUCACAGUGGUGGAAUAGGAAGUUUAAAGAGAUGCCAGCUGCCCCGACGGGAAUUAGCUAUCGCCCGGGCGACAUAAUUUUAGAUGAAUUGCCGUACGCGGCUUCCGUGAGUUCCGAUAGCAUAUCGUAUGUGUGUUCCCUAUGUUUUUCCUCGACAGCCACUGAACUAUGCGGCGGGUGUCAGAAAGUUGUCUACUGCAGUGAAGAGUGUAAGGAAUCUGACUACAGGGACCACUACUAUGAAUGUUGUAUUUUACCAGCGGAAGAGGAGCUUCCAGAUGAGGAGUUGCGCCUGGUCAUUCGGACCAUAACAAGAUACCUAGCGGAAAAAGGGAACCCCACUGUAGGGGAUUUCUUUGGCCGCAAACGCACAAUCGAUGAUUUACUGUCCCACGUCGGUGAUCUCAAUGAGGAAGAACUUACUUCGAUCCACUUACGCGUCGACGAGCUAAUGACUCUUAUUGAAAACCACAUAGACAUUGACUAUGAUGUUGCAAUGGAGCUGUUGAUGAAAUGCCGCAUAAACAGUUACUGCGUAAUGGACCACAACGAUCCGAAUUUCUACAGUCGGGGGCGCGCUCUUUAUCUUGCAGCGUCAUCGGUUGAUCACACUUGUGAGGAUACGGACGAGUACGCUUACAUGUUUGACGGGCGCCGCUUUAUACUCAGAUCAAUGGCAGAAUUUACGCUGAAAGAUCCGGGUACACUGAAGGUGCAGUAUAUGCCAACAACGUUGCCGUACGAAAGACGGCGGAAGUUGACGCUUAACAACUACUUCUUCCUUUGUAGUUGCUCACGAUGUGUUACCGAUGCCCGUCAGCCAUUAGAGGAACGUCAGAAAAGGGAAUGCGAUGAAGAGCUCGCUGCUGAAAUUGACACGCUAUUCACUGAACAGAAAACAAUGCAGGAAUGGUACGAAGGUGGAACAGAGGUUUUAAAAAAGUUCGGCGAUAUUCCCGUGACAGACUUUUACCAUUUCUGGGUGCUGACUCGAAUGCAGGUUGCUACCCAUGAAAUAGGCCAUCUCGAGGAGAGCUUGUUGCUUGGCGCUCGUGGUCUUCGAGGAGCCGACAGCGUACUAUCAAUGGAGCCAAUUAUGUUCUAUAUGUGUUCUGCUAUGGCUAAAUUAGGAUGGAACAAAAAAGGUAGUAAAGAUUACGAGGCAUUCCACAAAGGCUACAGUCUCGCGAAGAAGCUAUUUACCGUUACACAUGGCAGCAAACAUGAAAUUUUGACGUUGCUCCAAUCGUUCAAACGGGAAACUCCUCCAUCAGAGUUGAUAGCAGACAAGCGCUGACAAAAACAGUGUUUCAAUAAUAACAAUGUAUAGUAAUAAGAAUAAUAACAAUAAAGAACAUGACUUAAACAACUGGA